AUGGCAGAAAACAAAAGCAUCUACGCCUUCAGACUCAGGGACUACCGAAACAACGAGUUCAAUCUUGGGCUAUUCAGGAACAAGGUGAUCAUAAUUGUGAAUGUGGCAAGCAAGUGCGGUCUCUCUGAGACGAGCUACCGCAAGAUCAAGGAGACCCUCGACAGGCACAGAAACCAGGUCGUCUUCGUUCUGUGCCCGUGCAAGCAGUUUCUGAAACAGGAGCACGACGACCCAAAUGAGAUCUCCCAAUUUGUUGAAUCGAAGCUACGGGGCCACUACGAGCACGUCGAGGGGGUGGCUGAGAGCAACAUCAGCGUUGAGAAGGAGGUGAUCACGGAGAAGACGAAUGUGGUGCUCACUGAGACGAUCCAUGUCCGGGGAUCCAACAUCGAUCCACUCUUUGACUUUCUGAUCAGUAAAAAGGGCGGAUUCAUCACGAACACCAUCAAGUGGAACUUCAGCAGCUUCCUGGUUGAUCGAAAUGGCGAGGUUGUUGCCAGAUACAGCCCAAUGGACUUCAUCACGUGGAACGACCCGAAGCUCGAGGCCGCCCUUGAGAGGAAGAAUCAGCCCUACAUUUGUUAG